CCAAACAAAGCAUUCCCGGCCAUACUUUAUUGCAGUACAUAGAUAGUGCUACAUGGUAUACUUGUGUGGGUGAAUUCAUUGCUUUUGUUCAGAAUCAAAACAACUUUUUAUAUGGGUUCAGUCAAUGUAAACAAACGCAUUCGAGAUGUAAAAUCUCGGUCAGUCGUCAUCUUUAUCUGUUGUAGUGAUGUAGUUGUUUUUGCUCAGCGGUCCGAAACAAUAAGUGCACUGACUGGUUCUGUUCCAAAGGAAGAACAUUGUUGCUGCUGCUAGUAACACCAAAUAAUUGUGAUAUUAAGAGUUAAAAUCGAAAUGGACCGAUUCAACGAAUAUUGGGAGCUGUUCUCGGACAAGAGUGUUCCCAUUGGAAAGUAUAUUCUUGCAGGAGCUGAUAACAUACUACAAGACACUGCAUGAAAACGAAGACGGGGCGCCCCUAUCGGAGCGAUGUCGCGAGUUUCUGCUCAGGAAUCUGCUAGCAAAUCCUUAUCCCACAUGUCAACUGCUACGAUUGUUGGCCACAUCGAGGAUACCGCUGAAAAAUAAGGCUCUGCGAGAUAUUUGUGAUUCCGGAAUGGCGAAAUUCGCUGAGACAUUCGAGCAGGAAAAUGUGGACAAAUGCUACAAUUUAGUGGCGAAUAAUUUACUCACCACUGAUGCUCUCAAUCGGUUGAUCCCGUUCGCAUUGCAGCUACUGGAGGAGAACAAAAUAGAUAAGGAGAAUCUGCUGUUGGCUAUGGUUUCGAGGAAAUCACCGAAACUGCUGAAAUUGUUUCUCAAGCAGAUGAAAAUGACAUGUGAGCAGCGAUAUUUAACGGAAAUUAUUGACGACAAGCAACAUUUUAUAAAUAACGUUCUCAGUACAGAGGACAAUAUUUUUAAGAUUCCCGCGGUCAGAGACUACAUUCAAUUGUUUCAAUUAAUGCAAAAAAUGAACAGCGGCGAGUCGAUUGGUUAUAUCUCUAGCCAAUUGGACAUUCCGAAAAAUGGAUGUCUAAGGGAUUACUUCCUGGAGAUGAAACGGACCCAGUGUCUUCAGCGUUUGUUGGAAGGACGAGAGAACCGUCCCCAGAUUGAGGAUUACGCGGAAGAAACCUCUGUGAUUGGUUUAUAUUUAAAAAUGAAAUCGAAAAUUACUGCUUCUCAUUACGAACAAAUAUUCGAGGCAAUUGUUGAGAAUGAGCGACUGAAUCGAGAAAUUUCGGGAAAAGUUUGUCCUACUGAAACAGAAGUUCAACAGCCGCGCGAUCUCAAGUUGUUGCAAAUGUUGAUGAUUUGGCAGUAUGUUAUAGAUGCAAUGACUGAUUCUUCUCGUCAAAAGAACUCCGGUGUUACCCUUCAAAGCAAUGUUAAUAAUAUCAAAGUGAUCUUGAAGUCUGUCAACGAUACUCAAACAUUUAUUGAGCUGCUGGAGAGCGUAAUAACAUUGCUUUUUGUGCGCUACGAACACUUGCCAGAGCGAGUGUUUGGUCAAGUGGGUUUCAUAUGUUCAAGCAUCGUGCUGGAAGCGAUUCUGAACUGCCUUAAGCCUGUUGCAACUCAGAAGAAACAUGCUGUGAAUUAUGAUAAUGCAAACGACGAGUUGAAGCAACGUCUAACAAGUUGCUUGGACAUAAUCAAUGAUACUCUUUGGAGACUGUCGCUUUUCUCCAAUUUAUGCACAACCGAAGAAGCUUCCCUUCGAUUAACGGAUAUUGAUUCCGGCUCUAUAAUCAUAAAAGUACCAGACGUGGCUCAGGAAGAGGAAGAUAACAUGUUUCACAGUGUCGAAUCUCUCCAGGAUCAAUCGCAUAAAUAUACCACUUUACCUAAGCGGAAACAAACCAAACGUCGUCAGCCCUCUCAAUUGUCCUCCAGUGGCUCGACCGGGAAUAGGUUUCUGAUGCAGCACUCCCUUCCGCUGCCCAGUAAAAUCGACACAGUGAUAGAUUCCUCGAUUAGUGCAAUCAUUCCAAGGCCGAAAAGUAUAUUCGCAAAAAUUAUCGGAUCUCGGGAAAAACUUGCCACUCUUUGCAUGGUCAGUAAGAAUAUUGAGGUCGCAAAGGAGAUCAUAAACAGCGGAAAUCUUAGCCACACCGCGGUUGGUCAGGAUAUGAUUUUUUUGGAGAAUUUCACCCAGAUCAAAAGCAAGCUGUCGAGUUUGACUGCUAGCUAUGACCGCAUGCGCCAAGAGCAGCACGAUGGCAGCGCGGGGUCCACGUUGGGCGAUAUUCGCUCGAGCACAGCGAUCGGAUUCGAGGCCUCCAAGAUUGUCAGUACGAUCGAAACGUUCUCGAUCAGUCAGAAAAUUCUGCAGACCGAGGAAGACCACCAACUGUUGGAAAAAUACAUCGCCCAGUAUCCGUUGCUGAAGCUUUUCCGUGGCGAUUCCUUGCGCAAUAUUUACACGAUGGAUCUGCUCUUGGGAGUUCCGAUGGGGUACGAUUUGAAUCUCAGCAUGUAUAAUUUGGUCUCGAAAAGUUUGCACAAAUCAAAAUGCAGUGAUGCGUUGAGUUUUGCAUACGUGGGGUUUCUGAAACGAUUGCUCGAUGAUAUGCAGAUGUUUAGGACUGUGGGUUCCACGGGAAGGCCUUCUGUCACCUUCCAUGAUUUGUUGAGUCGCGAGGUAUGUCCGUUGAAUCCCGUGCAGCUGAAGCCGAUUCUGGAAGCCCGUCGCGAUCUGAUGACCUUGGGUUCUUUGGAAGAUCUACAGCUAGGGGAAGGAAAGGCGCCAUUGAUUUUGCCUGUCAGGAUACAAAAAUUCGUGGACGAGGCGGAAAAAUUACUCGGGCUCCAUACGGAGUGGAAAGAUUCAUUGAGAGCUGAUGAUAUCGUUAGAUUGGAUUUAAACAAAAUUGUGAGCGAAUUAGUGUUUGACGCGCGAGUACCUUUAAACGUUUUGGAGCCCCUAACGAAUGGAACCAACCUCAAUCUGGUUUAUAUUAUUGCCAAAAACUUUCUGUGUGGAGCUCAAGAGAAGAGUAGCUUUGAUCUGUUGAGUCAUGGGCCUGAUGUGCUGGAAUAUGUAUCGAAAAAGAACCAAUUGCUAGGAAUUAUCCUCAAGGAAAUUACGAAUGUUGAUGGUGGUAACAGCUUGUUGAAAAAUUUUAAAAAUCUCUCAUUUUUUGAUGCGCUAGAACCUAUGUAUCAGUACAGGAUGUCGGCUGCUUUGGAUAGUGAUCGUUUUGAUCUAAAACAAUGUGAUGUUUACCAAGAUUUGGAUGAUAUUCAUCGAUUGAAAUUGAUCGAUUCCGUUUUAGGAAGGAAGCAAAGAGAGCCACACAACCGACUCCAUAAACUACGACAUGAGAUCGUUACUCAGCUGCUGCAAUCCAAUAGUACAGAGCUGGAGAUCCCAUUCGAAAAAAUUCUCCAAAAUACUCACGACAUCAAUCGUAAGGCGGAAUAUCUACUGAAAUGCAUUGAUCGUAUCUCCUGUGCCCAAACCAUAAUUGAUACGAUCAGGAGUAUUCUAUGCUCCAAGCAUCGUGGCGACCUGACCGGUGAGCACGAAGAAUCUCUGAAAGAAUGGCUGUUCAAACUGCAGAUCUACGUGGAAAUCGGCGAGGCUUUGGAUAACCGAGACUGGCGAUCGAUUCAUCAUCUUUCCGAAAACAGUAUGGAUCAAAUAUUGCUUCAGCUCAUGCUGUUGAACUUGCUUGAUUUGUGCUCUCGAUGGAUUAGUGUUCACUCGUUGAAGUGCGAUAAAUACGGAGAGUUUCAUGACAUCUUCACUCUCGCCGUGACGAGAGUUGCCGCUGAACAGCAGGAUUGUUCGACGCUUUUCACAAUCAUCGAAGGAAUGCCGAAGGGGAAGGUGAUUCGCUUCUAUGAAACCGUCCUGUCAGGAGUUAAAAAUGAAAGUGUGAUUGAGCAUGCCGUUGGAUAUUUGGAACAAUUCGGAGAGAACCACAAAACAUACCAGAGACAUCGUAUUUCAUUGAAAAUAUUUAGUCAUCUUCCGGUGGGUGGUGCGAAUCGACCAUGGAAUCUUAUCAGCAGACCUCUGCUGAUAAUUGAACAGUAUCUGAUGAAUUCAAAGUUGGAGCUGUUGGCCAUCGUUAUGGAUUCGAUUCGUCCUUUGCUGAAGGAUCACGUAUGUCAGCAAUGUUUCGAGCAAAGAGAAUACAUCCGAGAUUUACGCAAUCGUUUGAAUGGAUCUAUCGAUCUGGAUUCUAGCCAUGACGAUCAGUUCAUCACAAACGAGUGCAUAGACUGUCUGUUGCGAAUUUACGCCGGAAAGGCCUUGGAUUAUCGUGUGUCGAACGACUCGGGAACUUCGGGAGAAUCGAUGCAUGAUCAGAGUAUGAACGCUUCCAGUCUGGAUUCUCUGUGCGGGGCGUUUGUGAUGCCAAAGGGAGCUCCCACCAAAGACGAAUGGGUUCGGGAUGAGGAGGCUACCCUUUGUAUGUGCUGUAGGAGGAGCGUAUUUUCGAUGCUCAAUCGUCGUCAUCACUGCAGGCGUUGCGGCAGGGUGGUUUGUCAUUCGUGCUCGAAAAGGAAACUACAAAUUCCGGAACUGUACGAGAAUGUUCCGGUAAGAGCUUGCGAUGAUUGUGUGAGGCAGACUGAGGCUAAGUCAAAUGUUCAAGCACAAAGUUCGGCGAAACCAUCCGGUCCCAAUAGCUCUGACGAAUGGCAGCUUACCGGGAAUGUGCGGAAUGAUAAUAUUAUCCGAGAGGAAUACAGCUACGAAUAUGCCCCCUCAACAAGCCAGUGUCUCGCGAUAUGCAAUCUCCACAGUCAGAAUGAGGAAAUAUCCAGCUUUCUGUUGUACCAUUGCGCCAAACUGGAAUCUCUCCUGCGUCCAAUACAUCCCGGAUACCCGAACCCCGAGAUUGAUUAUGCGUUGGUGGCUCGAAUGUUGUUGAAUCUCACUUUGGCAGCUAAAGUGCGCGGAAUACAGUUCUCCGAAGCGGAUAAGGUUAAGGAACAUGCGGAGAUUAUUCUCUCGAUCGUUAAUAAUGAUUGCGAGUCGUUGCUUCUCCAAGAAUCGAUGAGCAGCGCGAAUCUGCGCAAGUUGAGGGAUGCUCUCGUUAAAGCGGAAAAAUGGACACUCGCCCUUGAGCUGUCACUGAAGGGUGGAUUCGCUACCAGCGGAGUGAUGGCUGCUUGGGGUACUACAAGUCUCCGUGCCGGCUGUUACGAAACGGCGCGAGAAAAGUUCUCUCAUUGUCUGCAGAAAUUAUCAACCGAUGCCGACAACAGCACAAUCCUCAAUUGCAUCGAAUCACCGGAAACAAAACUCGCCAGCUACAGCACAGCAAUUCCAAUAAAGCGCCCAACCAAAAGUCCUCCACUGCUGCUGGAGAUUAUCAGCAUUCUCGAAUCGACAGCCCAAGCUCAGCCACCGGAAGUGAUUGCCAGAGCAAGUUUGAUUAAAAGCUCCAACACAUCGCUUUCGUCCAUAAUUCGGAAGAAAAGCAAAGAAAACAUUCCUCUGCAUGAGCCAGCCUUGAAUGUUCUCAACACUCUGUCCAGUCUGAAACAUAUCACCAAAGGUAACUUCACCGACUUCCUUCCGGAGAAACGAGCCGCGCGGAUUCGUGAUCCGGCGGCUUCCGCUACUACUGCUACUGGAAGUGCAGCGGAUUAUCUCCAUGCUCUCGAUUGCAUCAUGAGCACCCGAUUCUUCGAGGAAUCCAUGUACUAUCUGUUGACUUAUGGAGCCCAUCAGGAUAUCACCAAUUUCCUGACCAAACACCGUCAGAUUCUCCCCGCAAUGAAGUACUCUCUCAUGCAGCAGGUCGACCCGGAAGUGUUUCUCCAGACAAUCGUUCUACCGUAUCUCCGAAAUGGUAGGCUCGAAACCAUCAUUCAGUUGAUGAGCGGCAUGGAUGAGACGUUGCUAUCGUGGAAGGACUACAUCAUCCACACCUGUCGCUAUCUGGAAACGAAUCAGAUGCUGAACUGCUUGUACAACGUUCAACUGCUGCUGCGGGAUCCAAUUCGGGCCAGUAUGACUUGUGUGCGGUUCUAUUCUAUGGGCGCGAAAAAUUUCACCGAUUUGGAGACGAAUACAUUCCACCUGAAGAAUAGCGUGGCCCAUCUACAGGCGGAACUGGAACUGUGCAAUUGGGAGGAGGUAAGUGUGGAUAGUUACACAAAUCGCGGCGAAACGCACAAAAGUUUGCUGAUGAAAAUGGAGCCGCGGGAGCUGAAUAAUCAUAUCAACACAAUCUUGCGACAGCUGGAGCUGUCCAAGUUUCUUUCGAAUUGCGAGGCUAGGGGUAAGGAUGUGAUGGGUCUACUACUGAAGCUGUUUGUGGAGUCAACCAAUGUGCCAACACUAUUCGGGACGGUUCAUGAGAAGUUGCAGUUGGCUGUUCUGGUUCUUGUUUGUGGACAGAACAUCGAGGAAGGAUUCGGGUUAUCCUAUAGAGUCAUUCAAGAUUUCAAUUUGAACAGCCUGCGAGUGUACGGUUUGACGGCGAAAUAUUUCAUCAACAACUCUCAAGUUGAAGAGGUUGAGAAGUUGAUACAGGCCAUCGUCAGCAACAGCUCGGUAACCGUUGAUACGCACAGUUUCUGCGAUGAGCUGAUCAAAAACUCGGUUGAAGCGACGAUUUCCGUCCAUGGGAACAGUUCUCAGGUGAAAACCGCACUGGAGGCACUGAUCAAACGGAUCAGCGAUGUGGGACUUAAGGUGCACUGUUACGUCGUGACGGGCCAGUUGAAGACUGCGUAUUUGCUGGCGAACAAACACGGGCGCAUUGGGGAUAUUAGGAAAAUUCUGCGACAAGCCGAACUGCUGAAUCAGGUACAUGUGAAGAGGCUUUGCGAGACAAAAUUAGCGACAGAGAGCGGGUCCAAGAAGUAGGCAGCUUCCGUUCAGGUUGGAUGGUUUUUGUUUUGUUAUUUUAGUACAAUAUAUCAUGUUCAAGACGGAAUUAUAUGUUGAAUAUAUAGGUUUUAACCAUUUUUUUCGGCUAGA